UAGAAUCUAUGUGGUAUAGUAGCUGCAAGAGUUUUUACUCAGGCACAUUCUAGGAGAAUUAUGGUAGUAACUGUUUCCUAGGAGUUCUGAAAAAUAAAGAGAGAGUUCCACAAACAGAAGCCUUGUAGUGCAUCUCUUUCUCUUGUUAGGAGCACUGGCCUGUUGUUUGCUAGAAGGAGAUUUAGAGUGAGACAAAGGUGGUGGUAAUUAGGAAGCUGUUUGUAUUUUGCUGGUUCCUCUUGUGUCUCUUGUACGCCUGGUACAAUGAAGAAGGACCAACCAAGGAUGCCAAGAGUGCCAGAAAUCCUGGAAUAUACACUAGAAUGCACCCCUGACCUACGGUGUGAGAAGCAAACAGACUUGGUUCCUGUUUGCCAUCACUGCAAAUCCUGCAUCUUGUCCUGGAAGAUUUUUUCCACUCAAGAGUGGUUUGUACGGGCCAGUCAUACUUCCCAGAGGAAAUUCCUGAUGGGAAUACUAAGACGGUUAAAAAAUCAGGACCUGCUGAUGUAUACCUGGAAAAUCCUACAGCCUAUCAACGGCAAAGACUUCACCUAUAGUCGUUCCUGUGCCCGUCCCACCAUCACAACCUCUUCCCCUUUGGAUCGGGCAUUGGAUCCAAAGAAGCUGCAACAGUCCAUGACAGACCUCUGGAAAUGGUUCUUAAAUGCUUCUUUCUGGACCAAAGCAAACUAUGCAUUACUUUUGCUGCAGAUGUGUGAUAUGCAGUUGUUACAUAUGGCUGCCAGCCUGAUUCGUAUCCUCUUGAUCCCAAAGGAGAAGAUUAAGAAGGUGAAAACAGAUAAGCUUCUUCAGAACAAUCAUCUGGAAUCUGGCUCUAGUCUGAUGAAGCCUAAAUCUCUCUCCGCUGUUGUUUCUUCGGUCUUUGAAAUCCGUCUUCCUGUAGACAAGAGCAGCAUAUUUGAUUAUCCAGAAAUGGAAAAAGUUUGGUCUAAAGACACACAUCCGCUGUCUGGCAAUGAAGAAGAAUCCAGUCACUGUUCUGUUGAACUGAAUGACUCCACCUCUUUCCUGAAAGCCCCUACUGUCAACUGUAUAGACUUCAUUUCCUGCCUGCCCAUUCACCUGUCCAAGUACAUCUUGGGAAUGCUGGACCAUAAAUCUUUGAUCAGAUGUCUCUAUGUGAGUCCAUACUGGGCCUUCCUGGUCAAACAAAUCAAGAAGGACAAGACAGCUUACCGUUCCCUCCAGAAUGAGAUUGCUUUAUUGCAGGGGUCAUGCCCUAAACGAGCAAUGGCCAACUAUGCCAGAACAGUUAAGGUUGCUAUCCCUCAGAUUUCUAAAGAUGGUGACAUCAUCCUAAGCAGAAGACAAAGCAAGCAACACAUACAGGAGAUUGAAUACAUGCACAAAGCUUAUCACGGCCAGCUGACAGACACCAUCAACCUAGAAGAGAGGAACGUCUUAUGCAGCAGCUAUAAUAUUCGUGUUCUAUUAGACACUAUGGAUCAAAACAGGGUGAUACAUUACAGUGGUGGAAAGUUGUUGGCUGUUGGUUCUGCAGACCGAAAAAUCCAUCUUCUGCAUCUGAGUGAGCAAAAAGAAGUCCUUCCUCUCAUUCGUGGCCAUGCUGGUAGCAUCCGAGCCAUUUGGCUCAAUGAACAGAAAGGAUUUAUUCUGAGUGGCAGCUAUGAUCUCAGCAUCAGGAUGUGGAAUAUCAUCACUGGGGUAUGUAUCAAAAUUUUUAAUGGCCACUCAGGGACCAUCAACUGCUUGCAUUUGCACAAGAACAAAUUUGUGUCUGGAGCCAAGGACUGCAUGGUGAAAAUGUGGGAUAUAGAAAGUGGGAAAUGCUUGAAGACUUUGAAGCACAAAGGAACUGUUUGGGCUGCUAAAAUGAAUGGCACUCACAUUGUGAGCGCUGAUGACAAGGGUCAGGUGAAAGUGUGGCAUGCUGGGACAUGUGAACUAAUCAAGUCGUUAGGAGGACAUUUAGGCCCUGUGAGGUGUCUGUCAUUUGAUGAAUGGCAUCUUGUGACAGGAAGCAAUGAUGGCUAUAUCCUGGGAUGGAGCAUGGUUGGAAAUCACAAGAGAUGCCUGAUGGCUUUCAGGCACCCCAAGGAGGUACUGUACCUGGAAUUCCUCUAUCUGAGGGUCAUCAGUGGCUGUGCUGAUGGGAAGAUACGCAUAUUUAACUUCCUGACAGGAACCUGCCUGAGGGUGAUGAGAGCCAAUAGCAGAGGUGACCCAGUGGUGUCCUUCUGUGUUGUAGAAAACCGCCUGCUGAUCAAUGCAAAGGGCAGUGUUGUUUUGUUCCAGUUUGAUGAGGUGCAGUGGGACUAUACACACUCCACUGAGCGACUAAUGCAAAGAAAGGAAAAGGGCAAAUCUGAUGACCCACCUUUCAUAAUAAAGCCAUCUCCGCAUUCACAUUCUGAGCGACAAAAACGGGCGAAGAAGAAAAACUGGAAGCUUUACAGGACAGAGGACGUUCAGAAGCAUGCCAUGAUUCCGUAUGUUACCCGCCGGUCCACCAGAGGAUCCACAGCCACACCAGCCCUACGUUAUGAAAUGGUGCAGGAACCUCCUCCUAGGACUAGCCAGAAUAUGCGAACAUCCCUAGACUUAAGGCCAAGUGAAAGACAGAAACUCUCUUUUCUUUUCAGAAGAAAGGAGCAGAAAAUUGAUUCAGAUGCUGAAAAAGGCGAUUCUGAUGAUGAAUCAGGAUACGAAUCUCCAUCCUCUGCCUCCUCAUUUGGCCAGACUUCUGAGACUUUUGUAAACUACAUAAAGAAGAAACCUUUUGAUGCCAUCACUAAUGACCAGAUACUGCUUAGCGUCAGCACAAUACAUCAUGCCUACAAGAUGGACCAAGUCAGUGUCAACACGGCAUACAACAUGAAGAUCAAAGAUGCUUGGGGGCCUCUCCACAUCCAGCAAGAUCAGCCCAAAAUGAUUCAGGCUUCCCAAAGUCCAAAGCAUCAGCAGACGAAUCCAUCAACCCAGCUGACACAACUGAAGACUGUCGGUGGCACUCUAGGAAUGGAAAGGCUUUCUGCACCCUAUGAAACCAAAACCCUACAGCUCAACUUAAAGAAUUCCCUGCUUGGGGAUAAUGUGACAUCUUUCAUUCCUGCCCCCACUCUUACCCGUUCCAAGUCAUGUAGCAGCUUAUCAGGAGAGAAGAACAUUCAAACCUGCAAGACAAAAAUCCCAUCUCCACCUAAGAGCGGGAGACAGCUUGUUGGUCUCUUUACGACCUCCACUGAAUCUCUCAAAGCACCCCGAAUGAAGAUUGCACAACCUGAUAUAGAAGCCCGACGAACAAAACUAUUUUUUGCCCACACCCCAAACCCAUACCGGCUCAAUUCUGGGUUCAAGCUCUUGACAACACACCAAAUGAAAGAGUAUGAAGAAGCAAAGGUAACUGAGUAUCAGGUAAACAAGACAAAAGAUAGAGCAAACCGACAAAAAGAAUGUAAGAAUGCCUGGUUAAGGAAAAUUAAAGGCCUUCCUAUAGAUGAUUUCACCAAGGAGGGCAAGGUCUUUGCCCCUGAACUUGGAGAAAAUGUUUAUAUCUGAGCUUAGCUUUUCAGAGCCACCUAUUAGCCCUUUCAAAUAAAUAAACACAAACCACAGAGUUGGCAUUGGUGGGUUUAGGGGCUCUUUGAAUUUUUGACCUCCACUGCAUCCCCUUUUGGAAGACUUUGGCAAAUGCUAUCCAGUUAUUUAGACCUUGAUAGUGCUGAGAAGGUGAGUCUGUGCUUCUGGACUGCAUUCAGCAGGAGUGGGCUGGCCUUGCUUUCAUCUUCAAGCAAAAAUGCAAUACAAUUUUAAAAUGCUCCCAGUUUCUGGAGAAAGGCUUAUAAGCAUGACACUGCAAUGAUUCUGCUUGUAAGAUUUUCUCCAAAGACUUGGUAUACACUCAUAGUUCAACCCAAAGAUGUCUAAACGUGGCAGUUUUGAGGACGAUUUCCAGGUAUCUGAAAGCCACUACUGACUGAUACAUAUUCACAGAAUAAAGAAACCCUGCAAUAACAGCC